AUGGCAGACUCUGUAUGCCGUAAUCUGAUCCUAAAGGCAAUAUUCAUAUGCCUCCUUAAAUCUGCCUUCAGCUACAGUUUCAGGAGUUGCAGAGAGAUCCCAGAUUCAAACCAUACAAUCUUUGAAUGUAUUAAACGGCAAGAACCAGUUCUAAUUACAAUUGUACAUGAUCUGCCUCACGCUGCAACAAAUCUCACAAUUACUCGAUGUAACCUUUCAGAAGUUACGGAGCGUAGCUUCCAACAUCUUCCUAAUCUGAAUUUUCUUGUACUGGACUAUAACCACAUUGUUAAAAUUCACAAAGAUGCCUUCAUUAAUCUGUCACAACUUCAGACUUUAAACUUGUCAUGCAAUGACAUAUCAUCUCUCCACCAUGUCUUCCAUGACCUGCAUAACCUCACAGAGCUGUUCCUGGGAAACAACAAGCUCACUAAUAUUGACACGCUACUGUUUUUGAAUUUGACAAACCUGAAGACUCUUGACUUACGCCGGAACCACCUGCAUAACUUUUCAGUUUUGGUUCAAAGCAUAAUGCACCUGUCCCGCUUGACAAAACUGGACCUUUCUUAUAACAGUUUAACGACACUGCAUCACUCCACCCGCCUGCCACAGUCACUUGCCAGCCUCUAUCUUAGUGAUAAUAAACUAUACACACUUGGAUGUGACAAGUCUUUCCUAAAGUAUGUCAAAGUGCUUGAUUUUUCAGACAAUACAAGACUUUCAUCCAAGGCUUUUCAGGACCUGAAUCUGGAGAACAUAAAAUACCUGCGCUUGCGCUUUACCAAUGUCUCUGCUAAGAAGCUUCUUGAUUAUACCAAUGUAUCACAUUGGCACAUUGACUUCUCUGGUUUGAAAUUGAAGGACAAUCGUGCAUUGUCUACACUGUGUAUUCUUUUGCAACACCACCACUCUAAAGAGAAACAAAUAUCUAAACUGAUCCUACAGAGCAAUUCCAUAACAUUUCUAAAGUACAAUACAUUAUCUUAUUGUCCCAAUGUGACUGAUGUAAUAGACCUCUCACGGAAUGAGAUGAAGAACACAGGCUGCUUGCAGUUUCUGAAUGGUCAGAACCAACUGAAAACUCUGAAGAUUGAACAUAACCAUUUGACAAGAUUAGUAUCCUGCAACAAAACAAAUAAGUUCCACAGUCUGCGAAACUUGAGCUAUCGAUACAAUCGAAUUCUACAAGUCAGUGGUUUUGCCUUCAGUAACACACCCAAGUUAACAAAUCUUGAGCUAAACAUAAACAUAAUUGCCUAUCUAGACCAUAAAGCCUUAUGUGGGCUCAAAGAUCUAAUCACACUUCGUCUAGAUAACAACCUAUUGACUGAUGUCUACAAUGACAGCUUUCUAGAUCUAAUCAGCCUCAAGACUCUUAACUUGCGCAACAACCAAAUAGCUGUGAUUUUCAACUAUAGCUUUCAUACUCUUUCAAAUUUAACCAUUUUAGAUUUAGGUGGGAACAAGAUCACACAGCUGAAGCCACAUGCAUUCGAUGGGCUGUUUAGCUUGACCAAUCUCUAUUUAGAUAGAAAUCGUCUGAAAUUCAUUGACGGCAUGCUCUUUGGGAAACUUCACACCACCCUGAAAGUGCUGGAUUUACAGGCUAACCACAUUCAGUAUUUCACAGAACAUACACACUCUCCAUUCAUAAAUCUGACAAGGCUUCUUGACCUGAAACUUGAUGCACAGGAGCCAUAUGGCAUAACCUUGUUGCCUCGUGCAUUGUUUCGUGGCCUAAAAUCUUUGAAAAGACUUUCCCUCACCAAGAACCAUAUCUCUGGGUUUGGUGAAGAAACAUUUGAUGACCUGCAAAACUUGGAGUUCCUAACACUGGAGAACUCAUGUGUUGGUAUCGCACAACUUAAACCAGGUAUUUUCAAAAACCUUAGAAAACUGAAGCAAUUAAUUGUAGAGAAUAUGGGCAUUAAAUUUUUCUCUCAAGAGGUCUUUGGAAAUCUCACAGGACUGAAGGUCCUACAUCUGAAUCGCAAUGACAUGCAAUCUUUGGACAUACACUUACUGAACAAUCUUACCAAUCUGUCAUAUAUUGAUUUGCGUAGUUGUCCUCUCAGUUGUGGAUGCCAGAAUAGUGAUUUACAGAACUGGACCAAGAGCAACCAACGACUCCAGUUUCCAUAUCUUUACAAUAUUACAUGCCAAGACCACCCAGGGUCAUACUUUCACAACUUUGACACCAAUGUCUGUUAUUUGGACUUAGGACUCUACCUAUUUUCCUCAACUUAUGCAUUCACUGUUUUAUUAACCUUAUUGCCACUUCUCUAUGUCAGACUUUACUGGAAAUUUAAGUAUGGCUACUACGUCUUUCGAUCAUGGUUUGGAGAACAGUGGCGUCGUUUGAGGGACCAGGAGGAGAAAUACAAUUAUGAUGCCUUUAUUUCCUAUAACUCAGCAGAUGAAAAUUGGGUAAUGGAACAGCUUUUGCCAAACCUAGAGGGUUCUUCAUUUCGACUCUGCCUUCACCACCGUGACUUCGAGCUUGGCCGUGAUAUUGUUGACAACAUUGUGGCUGCCGUAUAUGGCAGUCGCAAAACAAUCUGCGUGGUCAGUCAGAGCUUCCUUCGCAGUGAAUGGUGCUCUCUGGAGAUCCAGCUAGCCAGCUACCGCCUCUUUCAAGAAAUGCAGGAUGUGCUUUUGCUGGUCUUCCUGGAGCCGAUUCCUGAGCGACAACUGUCCACUUAUCACCGCAUGAGGAAAGUCAUGCUCAAAAAGACCUAUUUGCAGUGGCCUGGGUCAAAGUGUUCUGAUCCAACCAGUGCAAAAGAACUAUUCUGGAGCCAGCUAAAGAGAGCACUAAGGAGCAGUAACACUGGAAGCCAAGAGGAGCGUAAGGAGGAUGAUCAAAGGAGAGAAAGAGUGGGUGUGGGCAUGGAGGAAAGAGAAUAUUUUGUAAAUCAGACAUCAAUAGAUGAUGAACUAUAUUACCUGAUGCCCUGACUUAAUUCCUGGAAUUAUAUGGAAGUAAACUAUACAGUUCACGGAUUAUGAGAUGCAGCCACUGAAGUCGGACGUGUGUCUGUGAGCUCCUGGUGUGCCUCAUCAGUCACUACUAUCUAACUGGAAUUAAAUGAACUCCAACUGAGAUCUUUAUCACAGCAAAGAUGACAGCUGACCAAGAAAAGCCAAAUCUCAAAUCUCUCAUGAAAGC